UGCUUUGUGAUCGUUUGGUGACGGUAGAAAGAUAAGAAAAUAAGUUUGUGACUUGUAAUUUUUUAAUUGUAAUCGUGUCAUUCAUUUAUUAAAAAGUUCUGUAUGGGUGCAGGUAGUUUCAUAAAUUUGUAGAUUUCGUUAAUAACUUUGGUGAGACGACAAAAUUUAUAAUGGAUGUAGAUGAAAUAUUACAGAAAAUAGUUCGUGAAAAUUCAAAAAGUGUGUCAGAUGAAGCUCUUAGACUACUGUGUAAAAUAGUAGAAAAUAUUUUAAAAGAUCCAUCAAACAUAAAAUUAAGGACGUUACAGAAGAAUAAUGUUACAGUAUCUAAAAAAAUAUUACCUGUAAAAGGUGCAUUGGAAUUUCUUAAACUUAUGGGUUUUCAAGAGCAAAAAACGUAUUUUGUCCUGCCGGCCAGCUUGUCCCUUACCACUCUGGAGAAGUUUAAGACAAGUAUUGUGAAGUGGAGAAAAUUGGAGGAAAAUAAUGCAUCAAACUCAAUGGAUGUUCAGAACAAUUCAAGUAAUGAAAAAUCAGAAGCAAUCAUUAAGAAAAUUCAUCUUCCUCCAUUAGUUUUGACUUACAGCAAUCCUCUUUUAAGGAGAGUAGAAAUAUUUUUCCAUAAUGUCUUACAGUACGAAGAUAAGGAGGUUCAACAAAGGGCCUUAAAACUGGUACCUUUAGCAACACUAGAAGAAAAUGCUCAAAACAGAUUAAGGCAUAUUCAAGAACAUAUUAAAAAAAACAAAGGGGAAGACCCGGAAAUCUCGAUACAGGACACUCUCCUUUUAGAGUUGUUGCAAUGGUUUAAGGAGGAUUUUUUUUCUUGGGUAGACAGUCCAGAGUGUUCUUCAUGUGGUGAGAAAACUGUCUUCUCGCAUAUGAGUACCGAUUCAAGUGUGUUAGUUUAUACCGACAGAGUCGAACUUCAUAGAUGCGAUACUUGCCACAAAUUUACGCCAUUUCCACGAUAUGAUGACGUAAAUAUCCUGCUGGAAACACGUAGAGGUAGAUGUGGUGAAUGGGCAAAUACCUUUACACUGUUCUGUAGAGCCAUGGGCUGGGAUGCUAGAUUUGUAGUUGAGGAAGGAGAUCAUGUUUGGACAGAAGUUUAUUCGAUCGCUCAGAAACGGUGGCUUCACUGCGAUCCCUGUGAAAAUAUUUGUGAUACUCCCUUAGUGUACGAAACUGGUUGGAAGAAGCAAAUUUCAUAUGUAAUAGCUUACUCGGCAGAGGAAGUUCAAGACGUUACUUGGAGGUAUUGUACAAAUCACAAAGAGGUUUUGAAAAGACGGAAACAGUGUCCCGAAACUGAGCUUUUAAAUGCUUUGAGUGGACUUACGUCAAAACGACAGAAGGACUUCUCAGAUUCCAGAAAGAAAUAUUUAGCAAAGAGGCUAUUAAGUGAGCUCAUUGAAUUUUUGACUGAAAAAAAACCAAAUGAUGAUGAUUGUAAGGGCAGAUCUUCAGGAGCAGCCUCUUGGAGGCUAGCCCGAGGUGAGAUACAAGAUGUCGAAGACCCUUUAUAUGUGUGGCAAAUAAAGGAGGAUGACAUCCUCGACAAUAGUAUAACCAUCAGAUAUUCUCCGUCCCUGGACAAAUAUGAGUACAUUUCAGGUGGCACAAUAAUCAGGGAAGUUGAAAAGUGGAACAAUGGAGUUUUUAAGUGUUCAGGUGUAUUCAGGAAAGAAGAAAUGGACUGGAAAAUGGUAUAUCUUUGUAGGAAAGAGGGUCGGGAGUCGGGCAAUAUUUCCUGGAGGAUAGAACUGUUAAAUUCUUCCAAGUCUAUAGAUAGUGUUUCGUUAGAUUUCCAAUAUAAAACUUAUGAAAAUGGUGUUGUAAACACUAAAAUGUCUUCCGACGACAAAGUUGUUGCAAUAAACAAUGGUUGUGAAAAUACUAAAGAGUUCUAUGGAUCACAAGUGCUAAGUAUAUCUGCUUCCCUUUCUGGAGGGAAAGGUGAUGUAUCAUGGCAACAUGCCCAGUUGUUUAGACAAUCCAUUGAUAGCGAAGACUUUCCAUUUUCCUUAAAAAUAAUAUUUAAGUAAAAAGGCCUUAACAAAUAUGUAUUAUAUGUAAAAAAUAAAGA